AUGGGAGUACCGCGCGCCGGACUCACGUUGGCCACUCUCCCAGUCCUGCUCUCAACGUUCAUAUUCCUCCUGUUUCCCUUCGCACAGCCACCACCAUCACAAUCGCUCAAACCGAAAGUCUUCGUUCUCGGACUAUCAAAAACUGGCACGACGUCAAUCGGAGAUGCGCUGAAACGGCUAGGCUACAGGCGCCUUGGAUGGCGAGACAUUCGGAGCCGACAUAUGACCCAUACUUUUGUGAAUGGAGACAUUGAGCCCCUGGUCAAGUUGACGAGGUACUACGACGCGUUUGAGGAUUUGCCAUGGCCAUCUGUGUACAAGGAGAUGGCGGAGCUGUAUCCGGACUCGAAAUUUAUACUUAGCUUGAGGAAGGAUGAGGAGACCUGGCUGCGGAGUAUGCGGGUUCAUGUGGGAAGGGGCAAAUGGCAGCCUUACAAUAAUUUCUACGGCGCCGAUACCGUGGAAGGCAACGAGGCCGUCAUUCUGGAGUCUUACAGGAACCACACCGAGAAGGUCCGAGACUAUUUCAAGGACAAGCCGGAGAGGUAUAUGGAGCUCAGCAUCGACAACGGAGAUGUGAAUUGGGAUGUGCUAUGUCAAGUUGCGCAGUGUCCAGGAGGCAGAGUUCCCAAAGUGCAUUUUCCAAAGAGCAAUACCGCUGCACACUGGGAAAUGGGAACCAUCAUCAAUAAUCUGCAGUGGUGUUGGGGCUGGACAGUGACUAGAUCAGAGGAACAGAUCUCACAGUACUACUACCGAAGCGGACGAACACUGCUCAAGCCACUGCUGAGAACCUGCUGGAGCAUCUACGACACAAUCGAGACCAUCUACUCGGAGCUGUAUUUCCAGAUCAUGCCCGUGAUACAGCCUCCAUUGACAGUCAGUCAUACUUGA